AUGGCCGAUAUAGAGUCCAUGUUUCAUCAAGUGUGUGUUACCCCUGAAGACAGAGACUCACUUCGCUUUCUGUGGUUUGAGAACAACAACACAUCACAACCCCUACAGACCUUACGAAUGACAGCUCAUAUCUUUGGAGGAGUAUGGAGCCCGAGCUGUGCAAAUUAUGCCCUUCAAAAGGUAGUUGAAGAGUAUCGCAACAUGUAUUCAGAAGUACUGAACACAGUUCUUCGCAACUUUUAUGUGGACGACUGCCUGAAGUCUGCAAAUAGUGUUGAGUCUGCUAUAGUUUUAGCAAAGCAAGUUAAAGAGCUUCUGAAUAGAAGGGGAUUUCAUCUUACUAAAUAUAUUUCUUCAUCACCAGAACUGCUGAAGCAUAUACCAAAGGAGGACCGAGGAAAAUCUUUGAUAUCUCUGCAGUUGAAUUUGGAGGAUCAAUCCACGGAGAGAGCUCUAGACUACAAAAAGGCUGGGACCACUCCCAUAGAACUGGAGGAACAAUGGGGCCGGUGGUUAGCUGAUUUGCCAGAGAUUAAAAGGUUUAAGGUUCCCAGAUGCUUUAAUCCAACAGCUUUAACUAUAAAAAAGGCUCAACUUCAUUCUUCAGAUGCUUCUGAAUAUGGGUAUGGUGUUGCAUCAUACUUGAGAGUAAUACUUGAGGAUAACUCUGUAUAUAUUAACUUGAUUAUGGCUAAGUCACGUCUCGCACCCCUGAAAGGUUCUACAAUCCCAAGACUAGAACUAGCUGGAGCUCUAGAAGCUGUAAGGCUUGAUAAAAUUCUAACUAAAGAAUUGGAGAUACCUCUAGAAAUAUCAGUAUACUGGGUGGAUAGUCAAAUAGUACUAUGGUACUUGAACAGCUCAGAUAAACGUUUCCAAACAUAUGUAGCAACAGAGUAG